AUGGAGGACUCUUCCUUCAUGGACCCCCUUCGUCUGGACCUCAACAGGCAGACCUCAAAAUUGCUCGAGCAGCUCCCUCUCGAAUACUCUGCUGCACUCAAAAAUGCUUCGUCUCGCGCCGCUUUGCUUGAUUUGCUCUCUGCUCUCCUUCUGAUGCCGCAAUACACUAUGACCGUUGCAACGCUGUAUAGACCUAUCUUGGUGGACCUUUGUGCGAGAUGGUUGCAUCAGGACACAGACGGCCUGCUCAAGUUUGAAGCACUUUGUCUGCUCCUGGAGGUUCACUCGGAGCUUUACCCAAUCUUGUCCGCUCUCCUUCAAACUCCCGAGCUCAAGCAUGGCCCCUUGAAACCGAUGCUAUCGCGAUCGGUAGUGGACGCGGCCGAUUUGCAGCCACUACAGCGCGUCUUGCUCGCGUACUAUCGGCUUCUUCAAGCCAACCGGACGCUUCCCCGCACUCCUGGUUGGCCUCUCGCGCCCCUUGCGCAGCUCAUUUCGACGCCGCACCCCGACAAGGGCGUAGUAUCGCUAGCAAUCAGGUGUUAUGCCUUACAUGCCGGCAUGAUGGAAGGCGAGCGCGUAAAGCUCGAGCAGAAGGCGGUCGGUGACGUCAAGGACGUUGACUGUCCUAUGCAGUUCGGUGUGAACCUAGACGGGUCAGUGCGUAUAAUAGACGGAUGGGUUCUCCCCAUCCUCGAGGGAGAACGUGUCUCGCGUGCGAGGGAUGCGCUCGCAGACGUUCAGGACUACUACUCGAACGACCAGAACAACUCCAUAGAGCCUAUUCAUCCGGCUGAGCUGAGCUCUCUGGUCGUCAAUAUCCACGGUGUUCUGAUGCUCCGUUCAUCUUUGCCCCGUGAUAUUCCAUCACACCUCAUCGACACACCCACGACAGUGCAGGCAUUACGCCAGAUUGCGCUACACGUUUCCGACAAGCUGCCGGUGCUACUUACGUCGGCCCCUUCAGCGGGGAAGGCUCUACUUAUUUCUCAUCUGGCACAACUUCUUCACCCCGACGCCCGCAAUCACAUCGUCACUAUACACCUUGCGGACACGUCUCUCGACCCGAGAUCCUUGUUGGGCUCGUAUGUGUCAUCUCCCACGCGACCCGGAACAUUUGAGUGGAAGGAGGGCGUACUCGUCCGCGCUAUGCGCGAAGGGAAGUGGGUAGUAUUCGAAGACAUCGACCGCGCCACGAUGGAGGUAUUAGGCAUUCUCAAACCCCUCGUUGAAUCGCUUGGUGCAGACAAGUGGAUCGGCGGAGCUGCACGGCUGGAAGUGCCGAGCCGCGGAACGGUGGAGGCGAAGGACACCUUCGCCAUAUUCGCGACGCGCUCCAUGCAGCCCUCGCGCACGGGAGCCUUCCCUAGCCCUACCUUCUAUGGCGCCCACAAGUUCUACGAGGUUGUUGUCAGUUCGCCCACUGGACACGACCUUCGGACGAUCAUCGACACCAAGUUUCCCCAGCUCUCUGGAAUGCCGGCGCAGGGUCUCAUCAACCUUUGGGAAGGCGUCCGAUCUUUGGGGAGUCCAGCGUCCACCCGCGACGUUGGUCUCCGUGAGCUGGAGAGGCUUUGCAUCCGAGUCAGCGGAGUGCUACCAGCUAGCUACCAGCAGAUGGACGUUGACGUGGAUCCCGCUCAUCAAGCAGACUUGUCGCAGCUGUUCCCCAACCCCACUGUACGCGAGGACAUCUUCCUGGAAGCCCGCGACGUCUUCUUUGGUGCCGGUGCCACCACAGCCGCCGGGCGCGCUCACCUUACAACGGUCGCGCAACUGGUGGCUACCCAUCUUGGUCUCUCCAACGAGCGGAAGGACUGGAUCAUGCACAACCGAACUCCGGAGUUCGAGGUGGACAAGGACGUAAACGGACGCAUCACUGCCGUGAGUGCAGGCAGGACGCGGCUUCCCGCGCGCACAGCGAAGGUCGAGAUCGCGCCUCCAGUAACGCGCCCGUUCGCCAUGCACAGACCCGCGAUGUCUUUGAUGGCCCGGAUCGCCACCGCCGUCUCGCUCGCGGAGCCCAUCCUGCUCACGGGCGAGACCGGUACGGGAAAGACGAGCGUCGUGACGCACCUCGCGUCGCUCCUUCGGCGUCCACUCAUCUCGCUCAACCUGUCGAACCAGACCGAGUCUUCGGAUAUCCUCGGCGGGUUCAAGCCCGUAGACGCGCGCAUUCCGGGCGCGGAGCUCCAGCAGCGGUUCUUGGACUUGUUCGGCGGGACGUUCAGCCGGAAGAAGAACGCGCAUUUCGAGGAGUCUGUGAGGAAGGCGGUGCAGGAGCGCAAGUGGCGCCGUGCCGCUGGGCUGUGGCAGGAGGCGACGAAGAUGGCGAGGGGCCGUAUUCAGGCCAAGCAAGCUGAAGAAGACGCGAAGGAGCUCGAAGGGAGUAUCUCACGCAAGCGGAGAAAGGUCGAGGGACUGGGUUUGAAGGUGUCGCAAGAGGCGUGGGAGGCGUUUGAACGCGACGUUCAGACGUUCGAGGUGCAGCACGUGCAUGGCAAGGGCAAGUUCGCGUUCGCUUUCGUCGAAGGACCAUUGGUAAAGGCUUUGCGCAACGGGGACUGGAUACUACUCGAUGAGGUGAACCUGGCUACUCCCGAAACUUUGGAGUCCAUCUCGGGUCUUCUCCACGGGCCAACUGCCUCUAUCACAUUGACGGAGCAGGGGUCUCUCGAGCCCAUCCCUCGCCAUCCCGAUUUCCGCCUGUUCGCUUGCAUGAAUCCUGCGACCGACGUCGGCAAGAAGGACCUCCCUCCAAAUAUCCGCUCACGGUUCACGGAGAUCGACGUCCCUCCCCCAGACGCUGACCGGGAAACGCUGCUCACGAUCGUCGCGCAGUACAUUGGCGCGAGUGCCGUCGGCGACAAGGGCGCGAUCAUGGACAUCGCGGAGUUCUACACCGCGGUGAAGCGGCUUGCGGACGAGCGUCAGAUUGCAGACGGCGCCAACCACCGCCCGCACUUCAGCAUGCGUACCCUCGCCCGUGCUCUGACUUUUGCUGCGGACAUGGCACCCGCGUACUCGCUGCGGAGGGCGUUGUGGGAGGGCUGUCUUAUGGCUUUCACGAUGGUCUUGGAUGGCCCCAGCGCGACUGCAGUGACCGCGUUGGCUCAGAAGCAUAUCCUUGCCGGUGUCCGGAAUCCUCGUUCGCUCUUGGCUAGGCAACCCAUUCCUCCCGGUGAUACAGCUGCUUUCAUCAAGUUCGGGCCUUUCUACCUCGAGAGAGGACCCUGGCCCGAGGACCCUGCGGAGGACUACAUCAUGACACCCUCUGUUGAGACGAAGCUCAUUGACCUCGCCCGCAUCAUCGCUGCGAAACGAUUCCCUGUCUUGAUCGAAGGUCCUACAUCGAGUGGCAAGACGAGCUCUAUCGAGUACCUCGCCAAACGGACCGGUCAUAGGUUCGUGCGGAUCAACAACCACGAGCACACCGACAUCCAGGAGUACAUCGGGACGUACGUGUCCGAUCCGAUCACCGGGAAGCUUGUCUUCAAAGAAGGCCUCCUUGUGCGGGCGCUGCGUCAGGGUGAUUGGAUCGUGCUAGACGAGCUGAACCUCGCGCCGACGGACGUUCUCGAAGCUCUGAACCGGCUCCUCGACGACAACCGGGAGCUCGUCAUUCCAGAAACGCAGGAGGUCGUACGCCCCCAUCCUCACUUCAUGCUCUUUGCCACCCAGAACCCUCCCGGUCUCUACGCUGGUCGCAAGGUUCUCUCUCGGGCUUUCCGGAACCGUUUCCUCGAGGUUCACUUCGAGGAUGUACCGCAGGCUGAGCUGGAGACGAUCUUGUGCCAGCGCUGUCGUAUCGCUCCCUCGUAUGGCCAGCGCAUCGUCGCUGUCUUCCGCGAGCUGCAGAAACGCCGGCAGUCUGGCAGAGUCUUCGAGAGCAAACAAGGCUUUGCUACCCUGCGCGAUCUGUUCCGGUGGGCGGGCCGCGAUGCGAUGAGCUACGACGAACUGGCAGCGAAUGGCUACAUGCUGCUCGCUGAACGGGCGCGCCGCGACGACGACAAGGUUGUGGUCAAGGAGGUCAUCGAGUCCAUCAUGAAGGUCCGCAUCGACGAGUCAGCUCUGUAUGACAUGCGGAAUCCUAGCUUCGACGCUGCCGCCUUCUUGGGAUGCCCCCUUCCGUCGUCUUCGCAGGUUGUCUGGACCUCGGCUAUGCAACGCCUAUUCGUACUCGUCGCACGUGCCCUCCGGUUCAACGAGCCUGUUCUGCUCGUUGGAGAGACCGGCUGCGGGAAGACGUCCGUCUGCCAGCUAUAUGCGGAGGUCCUCGAUCGCACCCUUCGUUCAGUAAACUGUCACCAGAACACCGAGACCGCGGACCUCAUCGGAGGGUUGCGCCCCAUCCGGAACAAGGCGGUCAUCGAGGCUGAGGCAAUCCGGGAGGCGGUCACCGCGGUCUCGCAGUUUGGUACCACUGUUGCUGCAGAGGAUGCGGCGGCUGUUACGGCAGCUAUUGACAGUCUGUUCAAGGCGGGGGCUGUCCCGGCGUCGCAAGAAGGCGCUCUGCGGGACCUGCGUGCACGUUUGCAGCGCCUGUCCGCCAUGUUCGAGUGGCGCGACGGUCCCCUCGUGGAAGCAAUGCGUCAGGGCGACGUCUUCCUCUUGGACGAGAUCUCUCUAGCAGACGACUCUGUGCUCGAGCGUCUUAACAGUGUUCUCGAGACUGGCCGCACCAUCGUCCUCGCGGAGCGCGGCGGUGACGACGAGGAGAUCCCCGCGAUCAAGGCAGCGGACAGCUUCAAGUUCGUGGCCACCAUGAACCCGGGUGGUGACUACGGCAAGAAGGAACUUUCGCCUGCUCUGCGCAACCGCUUCACGGAAAUCUGGGUCCCUGCGAUCACCGAUCGUCGAGAUCUCGAGUGUAUCGUCGACGCACUGUGGCAGCACGAGGAGCUGAGGGGCUACACAAAGCCUCUCCUCGAUUUCGUGGAGUGGCUUUGCUCAGCUGUUGGGGACCGCGCCUUCGCCAAUCUGCGCGAUAUCCUAGCGUGGGUGUCCUUCUCGAACGCGGCGGUCUCUCGCAACGCCGGCAGCCUAUCUCCCAACGCAGUCUUCCAUCAUGCCGCGGAGAUGACCUUCUUGGAUGGCCUUGGAUCUAUGCCCCAAUUAGCGUCAUAUUCGAAGGAAGCCCUUGCACGCUUCAAGUCGGAAGCGUCUGCCAUAGUGCAUUCUCUCGUGCCGCUUCCCUCCAGCUCCAACGACCCCCAGGUCCUCUCUUACGACCCUACAGGCAUUCGGUUCGGAACCUUCUCGAUCCCUUCUGGACCCUUGGAGCCUACCUCGCAUAGCUUCAGUCUUGAGGCGCCGACAACGCGCGAUAACGUUAUGCGGGUCGUACGGGCGUGCCAGCUGCCGAAGCCCAUCAUGCUGGAGGGCAGUCCUGGCGUUGGGAAGACAAGUCUCGUCGCCGCUCUAGCCAACAUGUGUGGCCAUCAUCUGUGCCGUAUCAACCUCUCCGACCAAACCGAUCUUGUUGAUCUGUUCGGCUCGGACCUGCCAGUCGAGGGAGGCGAACCAGGACAGUUCUCAUGGAAGGACGCGGAGUUCUUGCGCGCCCUGCAGGAGGGCCACUGGGUUCUCUUAGACGAGAUGAACCUGGCACCACAAUCUGUUUUGGAGGGGCUGAACGCCGUCCUCGACCACCGUGGCACGGUCUACAUCCCGGAGCUCGGCCGAUCCUUCGUUCGUCACCCGUCCUUCCGCAUUUUCGCGGCACAGAAUCCCCUUCAUCAAGGUGGAGGCCGGAAAGGCUUGCCCAAGUCUUUCCUCAACCGUUUCACCAAGGUCUACGUCCACGAGAUGUCAUCUGCGGACCUGCUCCUCAUCUGUCGGAACCUCUUCCCGAACUAUCCUUCCGAUCUCCUGGAGAAGAUGAUCGCAUACAUGAACGUAUUGAAUGAGGAGACCAUGGUCAAGCGGUCGUUCGCCCGAGAAGGGGCACCUUGGGAGUUCAAUCUUCGGGAUGUUAUCAGGUGGACCACACUGCUAUGCGAUUCCGAUUCGCCCGCGCAUCCGUCUCGGUACCUAUCUUCGACCAUACUCCAGCGAUUCAGGACACUGGAGGACCGCGCCCACGCGCGCAAGCUCUUCUCCGACAUUUUCUCUGAGCAAUACGACGUCGAUCGCCCUCCUAUCACUAUCACCCCGUCCCAUCUUCAGGUAGGACACCAUCGUUCGAGGCGGACAGGCCGUCUUUCCACCUCCCGCAGCGGGCGUAUCCUUCAAGAGUCUCUUCCAGCUCUGGAGUCACUAGGAACUUGUAUCUCUCACGGGUGGUUGGCGAUCUUGACCGGACCCAAGAAUAGCGGCAAGACCACACUCGUAAGGACGAUGGCGAACAUAUUGGGUAGGACGCUCCAUGAAGUGCCGGUUAACAACGCCACGGACGCAACCGACAUCCUGGGUAGCUUCGAAGAGACCGAUCUGGGCUAUCACAUCGCUGGUGCUGUUCGCGUCGUCCUAGACAUCCUCGACGACGUUUCGUGUUCCGAUCUCGGACCUCAAGUCCAGCUAUUCUCCAACUACGCGACGUUGCUGCAGGAUGUAUCCCACAAAACGUCCCAAGCAACGCUUCCAGGGAUUGUCGACGCCCUUUCUCACGUUCUGGAUACCCUCUCCUCUCUUCCAGAGCCGUACGAGAGUCGCUGCCUGGAGGCUCGCACAGAAGUCCAGCAAUUCACACAAGGUAGUCAUACCGCGGGCCGCCUCGAAUGGGUUGACGGGCCUCUAGUCCGUGCUAUCAAGGAGGGCAGCUGGCUACUACUCGAUGGCGCCAACCUCUGUAACGCGUCUGUCUUGGAUCGUCUGAACUCCCUCUGUGAGAUGGGUGGAUCACUGACGUUGAAUGAGCGCGGCGCCGUCAACGGGGAAGUCCAAGUUCUACGACCUCAUCCCGACUUCCGCCUCUUCAUGUGUGCCGACAGCCAGUAUGGAGAACUCUCGAGAGCUAUGCGGAACCGUGGAGUCGAGAUUGCUCUGACACCUUCUCUCAGCGCGGAAGACCACGGGCGUAUCAUCGACCAUGUUCGCUGCUCUGUCAGGCCCGUCUCUCUGUCCAUCGAUCACAGGUCCCUGGUCGCUUCGCACUCUCGUGUCCGCCGCGGUCUGUGCGAGCCACCUGCGUCUCCCCUUGGACCUGUUACCUGGCGUUCUGAUCGACUGUUGACUGGCGACUCGACGAAUGCGCACGCUGCCGAUCUAGGAAUAUCGUGGAUGACUGCUUCGGACACGACGUCCUCAAGUCGAUCGAGCCUAUACUUCAUGGCGGCGAACAUGAUACCGGAUGCUCUGACGUACUUGUCCCGGCUUCUCCCCUACUGCAAUCGUCCUUCCUCAACGAUGCCACCCAACCUUCGCGCUUUCUUGGGCAUGAUAGAGUGUAGUGACGUAUACCGUACUAUCGUUCAAAUGCGGAAGAAUAUCAGUCACUCAUCCCAAACACCGUGUGAUGUGUUACUCGCCCAGCCGCUCUACGCCGACACAACUCUCGCGUUGUUUUCCGAGCCCAAUGGCACUCUCCCGCUGCAAUAUCUCCGCUUGUUCGCUGCGACGACCUCGGACUAUGAUAGUCAUGCCUAUGCUGAGUACCCAUCAGUACUCGGUCGUGCUAAGGAAUCAGAUGAGCUCCGCCCUGAAAAGAAGGCAGCGGUCAGUGCACAGGCAUUAGUGCAGACUAUCAAGGCGUCGUCAGCCGCCUUCUUGGAACGAUCAGAUCUCAUCUCCGGACCUGCGGAUGUCGACGCCAUGGUGAAAAUUGUGGCCUUCGGACGCUACCUACAAGGUGCCGCGCGAGUCGAAGGGACGUUCGAUUUUUCCCUGGCUUUCGCGGUCAUCGAGUGGAUUGAACAAGCCAUCAACGCACGCCAUCCCACAUCGGAAGUCUUUGUUGAUGUCUCCCGUGGAGUCACUAGGGCAAAAGAGGUCGUCUCACUCUCAACUGGGAUUGGUUUGAUCAGCAUAUGGAGGAGACUGUGGCCUAGACGCGUUGCAACAUCGAAUGGGGAGCAUGUGGCGGAGCUGGAGAGUGCGGAUCGUCGUCUAUCCGGUGCCGUACUGGACACCAAACGACGGGUACAAACGUUAGAUUUGAUGUCGCUGUGGACACUCUCCAAUGUCCAAGACGGAGACAGGGACAGGCUUCUCGAGCUGACCGCACAGGUAGCGCAGCGCCUGUCAGAAGUGAGCGAUAGUGCAGAGCCUGUUCCUCCCGAGAUGGACCUCCUCCAUAUCUGCGUGCGGCUACGGGCGCUGUACGCCAUAUCAAUAAACCACACCACAUCCAAACCUGUUGUUGACGAUCUCCUCGACCUCAGCUGUUCUAGUGUUGCGGUUUCACUGGCGCAACUAGUACCUUACAAACAGUUGUCAUGGGCUUCAGAUGCUGGCGAAGGUGUCACGCCGCUUUACAUGCAACUCCUGAAGGAAUGGCUAGGCGAUGUCUGGUACGCGUCCUCGACCGCCGAGCUGUCGGGGCCGUCUACUUUGUGCCAUCCCCUCGAGCUCUCACAAACCGUCCUUUCAUGUGAUGAGUCGCUCAGACCUCUCAACAAGCUCGCAGAGUAUGAACUUUCGUUGUGUCGCCGCCUGACAGUCCUGUCGGGACCCCUCAUGGGGAAUGUCUCCCGGCUGUCUCAACUAUUGAACCUCAUGGCACGUACGGCACUUUUGAUCGGGUCAUCAUUAACACUCGGUAAUAGCAUCGCGGCGGACCCAUGGCAGCACACCAACUACGAUAUCUCGGUGGCUAACGUCGUCGCGGUGCUUGACACCAUGGAAGACCCGAAGGUCUUGCAAGCUUAUCACAAACACUUGCGUGCGCCCCUGCUAGCGCUGGCCGAUCCGAUGGACACAUCGUACCAGGCCUUGGGACAUGGUUGGAUCGGGCUCUCGAGGUUCCUCCUCGAGCUCUACGUUCCCGAUAUACCAAUCGACCCUGCUGCCAUCCAGCAAUGCUCCUCUCAGUUCUGGAGCGAGCAGCGAUCUCUACUCCAAGGAGAGUUGACUUUGCACAAGGAGUACGAGGGUCGAACAGUUGGAAGACGUGACAACUUGGCGAUCAGGUACCUGUCGCAGGAACUGCUUACUGCCGCAGCACGCGUCACUGAGGAAACGGAUUCCGGCUCUGGACGGACGGAUACGAUCAAGCUGCACGCAUACUGGACGGAGGUGACACAAUUCCUGGGACACGCGGCGUCGCCAUCCAAGACCGAUGCCAUCGUCUUUUCUCUGGAGUCUGGGGAGCCGUCUGCGCUCAUGAGAGAGAAGAUGAUCCAGGACUCAACGGCCGCAUUCUCACAACGACUCGACAGCGUCUACCCUGACUUUUCCGACAUCAACGGUCCCUUGCAGGUCGCUUUGCUACAGCAGCGACUAGGCCUGCGUCUCAUCGCUGACGCGAGCGCCGCAUCUCGGGAGGACCAAGAGGCGCAUCGUGUCGGGGAGGCGUUGGUCGUCUUCCCCUCUGUGCAAGGUUCCGAGCUGCUUCGACACGAUGCACAGUCGUCGACAACCUCGUUCUCGCUUGUGCUGUCCAGGCUGGCCGCUACCGCAUCAGACGUCGCAUCGGGCGUCGAGCUUCAGUCUUGCUUACCUGAGCUGGAGAUGAUCUACGAACAGUCUCUUGGUCUGUGGCUUAUCGACAAGACGAGAACGGAGGAAGCGGAACGAGAGGCGCAGUCCCUUUACCGGCACAAAACAGAGAUCAACGCUCCCGCAACCGAAGCUGAGAUCGAGGAACAGGAGUUCUUGGCUCUCUUCCCUGAGUAUGAAGAUCUUCUGGACCCCGAUGCGACUCCUUCCUCCACCCAGCCGCGGCGGAAGUCAAGCGCUCUCGUCGAAGCAGACGCCGUCAAGCGACUCUGCUCCCUUCAUCAGUGCCUCUUCGAGUCCGACGCCACUUCUUCAACGCUGCCCUACGCCCUUGCCGGGUACAGAGACAUCCGAAGGACUCUUGUACAGGAGCUCCUUGCUGCCCAAGCAUCUAGCCUACCAGAGACCCUCGAUCUGCUUAGCCGACCCUACCAGAUUUCGUUGCUCCUCACUCGAUUAUCGAAACUGCACAGCGCCCCUUCAACGGUUACGAAGCCUUACAACUUCUACGUCGACUCCAAUGUCCUCGAGAUCAACAAGGGUCUCGAUGUCCUACGCAAGAUGGUCGCGCGGCUUGUCGCUCUCAUCACAGAGUGGCCAGAGCAGAUGGUCCUGCAGCAUCUCAAGGCGCGAUGCGACGCGAUCCUGACCCUCGACAUUCUCAGCCCCGUCGCAAAGGUCCUUUCCGCUAUCGAGCAGCUGUUGCUUCAAAUGGAGGAUUGGGAGAUGUUCGCGAACAGGGAGAACUCGCUCAGGGCCUAUCAGCACGACCUUGCGUCUGUUGUAGUCUCGUGGCGCCGUUUGGAACUGACGUCCUGGCAGGGACUGCUCCGUACGCAGGCCCACGAGUUUGCUGAGGGCGCUUCCGAGUACUGGUUCCGGCUCUACGAGGCAACCAUCCGAGGAGUCGCAACGGCGGUCCAGGAGGAAGAAAACGGCGAAACCGGAUCCCUCGCGAAGUACUUGGAAGGGCUCGUUCCCCUGCUCGACACCUUCAUGAACUCUACCCCUCUUGGCCAAUACACGCAACGGCUUCGCUAUCUCCAGGCGUUCGAGAACUAUUGCGCUCACCACAGCUCGUUCCAGACAGGGCCCCUCUCUCCGGCCUUCCAGCGCGCGCAUCGUGUUCUUCGUUUCACUAGAGUGUACUACCUUCAGUUCGUUCCGCGCGUCUCUUCGUCUCUUGCGACUCAGCAAGAAGCGCUGGAGAAGGAGAUCCGAGGCUUCAUCAAGCUCGCCAGCUGGAAGGACAUCAAUGUACACGCGCUCAAGCAGAGUGCGCAGAAGACGCAUCGGCAGCUCUACAAUCGCGUCCGGAAAUUUAGGGAGAUCCUGCGCCAAUCGGUCACAUCUCUUUUGGUCCCACCAACGGCGGGCACCGAGGAAUCAACAUCUGUUUCGCAUGCAGAGCCACUGCGUCUCGCGGACGGAGUUCCCGUGCUGCCUCCCUUCUCAUACCUCUCUAGUCAACCAGACCACCUCACCAACCUCGAACGGACGUUCCGGAACUACCAAUCCGUCGUUCAAGGCCGCGUCAGCUCUCUCAUCAGCUCCCUCUCCCCCGUCGACGUUGAGGACAUCUCGUCUGAGAUUAUCACCACGUUGCAGAGCCUAGCUUCUUCCUGUGUUCCUGCCAAGGUCACGGGCGAGCAACGUACCAAAGCUUACAAGGCUCUGCUCGUGCGGAAGAGGAAGGCAUGGAGCGACUUGCUCAAGGAGCUCAAGCGCAUCGGUCUAGCGACCAACGUCAAGCCGGAGGUUCUCGAACAGCAGGGCAACCCGCGCUGGCUGAGGGAGCAACCGGUCGUCACAGACCUGCGCUCUUCUCUGCCAGCUUUCGACAAGAGCGAGACGUACAUGCUCCGUUUGUCCAAGCUCCUCCCCGAUCUGCGCGCCUCCCUGGUAGACCACAACCCUGACAUCGGGACACGUGAGCUGCAGCGGGGCACGAGCUUGGUGCAAUCUGCAUUCUCCCUCGCGGUAGAGGUGCGAGCAAGCUUUGUCGACGCGACAGAUCAGUAUGUUCAGCUGCAGAACGUUGCGAAGCGCUUGCACAUGGUCUCUCAGCACCCUCGUGUCAUCGCAUCCGGGUCGGACAUGCAGAUCCGUGCUAUCCGUAUCAAAGAGGACCUCGGCAGGCUCAUCAAUGCCCUCGAAGAAACUCACACGUCCUGGAACCAGUACUUGGAGCAGCUCCCGGAAACCGCCGCGCUACCGACCACUGUGCGCGAACUGCAGUCCGCCAUUGCGUCCUCCAAAGCGUUGUUCAGCCGCGUAGUAGAUGUGCUGGCCAAGCUCAAACUUACCGCCAUGCCCAUUCUACUUGAAGACGAGGCCGCCGUACUCGAGCAAGCCCUUGAUCACGUACGCACCGUGGAGCAACUACUACGGGGAUGGACGGAAGGUCCCAACAUCGUCGCGUUGUUCACCAAGCCCGUACUCGAGUGGCUGCAGCAGCGUAAGGCGUUCUCCCACGGACAAUUCCAGCAGACCUCGCACAGCACAGCGGCGGACAACACAGGCGUCCUCAUCGAACGCCUCCUACUGUGCGCGCAAGGCAUUCUCGCGAUUCCGCCCCCUCCGCCCAAGGACGAGGAGGACAUGGAUGAGACGCGGGAUCGCUUCCUCCGGGACUACAACCGCCUCAUCAUGCAGGUCACGCGCGCGCUCAAGCUUGACGACGUCGCGUUCCUCCUCGCCUCUGUAGUCGAGGCCGCGGUCCUCGCGCCCCCAGCGGAGCUCGGCGCACGUCUCGCACGUGUCCUGCCGUUCCUCGAUACCUACCUUGAGCUCGCGCGCGUGCAGCUCACGAACCACUGCGCGUGGACGAAGGCGUUGUUCAAGUUCGACUAUGUCGUCUGCACGGUGAUGCGCACGGUCGCACAGGACGGCUUCUGCAAGCCGCCCGACGCGGACCAAGGGGACGCGAACGAAGGCGCCAUGGAGGACGCUGGUGGAGUCGGUCUCGGCGAGGGCUCUGGCAAGGAAAACGUGAGCAAGGAGAUCGAAGACGAAAGCCAGGUGGAGGGGCUGCAGAACGAGGCGGGAGAAGACGAAGACGAGGACGUGGAACGCGCGGAAGAAGGGAACGCGCUAGAGAUGAGCGAGGACAUCGGCGGGAAAAUGCAGGACGUGGAGGAAUCUGAAGGCGAAGACGAGGAGAAAGAAGACGACGGCGGGGAAAGCGACGAAGAACCGGAGGAACAGCUCGGCGAUCUCGACGCCACUGAUCCGUCGGCGGUGGACGAGAAGCUGUGGGGUGAGGAGAGUGGCCCAGAGGACGAAAAGCAAGACAGCGGGAAGAAUGCGGACGACCACUCGACACAGAAGAAGGAAUCCGAGACGGUAGCGAAAGAAGACGAAGGAAAUCAGACAUCGAAGGAGAAGGAGAAGGAACAGGCGCCCGAGCAGGAGAAAGAGGGGCACGAAGAUGAGGGAGAGGAGCUCCCUGAAGACGCAGCGCAAGAUGAGGCGAUGGAUGAGGAAACGCAAGAUCAGCAGGACGGGGCACCGCUCGACGACUUCGUGCCGGAAGCGAACACCUUGGACCUUCCCGAGGACUUGGACUUCAGCAAGGACGGCAAGGAACCCGAGUUGGAUGAGGACAUCGACAUGGGCGAGGACGAGGGCGGAGAAGAGGCUGAUGGGCCCGAAGAGGAGAAGCCGGGUGAGGGAGUCGACGAAGGCGCAGAAGAAGACGACACCAUGGACGUGGAGGACAACCCUCAAGCGGUGCCAGAGGACGUUCCGCAGCCAGAGAACAGCACGGAAGACACCGUGGACGGUGCAACGGCACAACCUGACCUUCAUGCGGGAACCGGACAAGAUAGCGGCGAUGCUGGAGAACAAGCCAUGGCAGACGCAAACGAAGGCCAGGGCGGCAAAGGUCCGUCAUCGUCGGGUGAGACGGGUGGUCAAGAGGAACUCGACGAGAAGGAGAGCGAUGCGCAGGAUGCUACUGCACAAGAAGAGCAUUCCCAGGAACAGAAUGCUGAGGCUGCCGCUGCUGCAUCUGAGGUUAUAGAAGAGGGCAAGGACACCACUGGCUCCGCGCGCUCCCGUCAAGGAGCAGCCCUCACGCAAGCCAAGUCUCAACCUAUGCAGAGCAACCCGCUUCGGAGUCUUGGAGACGCACUUCGGGAGAUCAGCCAGCGCAUGGAUGAGAUCCUGGAGAGCGAUGGACCUCAGGAGCAGCCGGACCAACAAAUGGACACCACAGGCGCCUCGCAGCUCGAGUACCUCCGCCCCGAAACGGAGCAAAUAGCCGACGAGAUGCAAGCCCUUGGUCCCGCGCAGCAGGAGGAUGUCGCCAAGCUCAACGAGCUCAAGUUCCUUGACGAGGACGCCCAGCCUACGGAAGGUGCCCCUCCCAUGGACGAGGACCCCUCAGAGGGCGUUCCGGAAUCUUCGUCACAUCCUCUUCAAUCCGCCCUCCACGCCGAACCCACCUCUCACACUCACGGAGACGACGUCAAAAGCGCGCUCACCCAAGCCGAGAUUCGCUCCCAGCAGCCCGCACAACCCGCCGUCGACGCCGUACCGUCCGACGCAGUAGUCCCUACCGAAGACGAAGAGCAGGGGGCCCAACACAAGGUCGAGGCCGCGCUGCGCCAAUGGCAGGCCGACGGCCAGCCGUCCGCCCAGUCCGAAGAGAUCUGGCGCGCGUACGAGUCGCUCACGCACGACCUCGCGUACGCGCUCUGCGAGCAGCUGCGGCUCAUCCUCGAGCCGACGAUGGCGACGCGCCUGCGCGGCGACUACCGCACGGGGAAGCGCCUAAACAUGAAGAAGAUCAUCCCGUACAUCGCGUCCGAGUUCACGAAGGACAAGAUCUGGCUGCGCCGCACGCGCCCGAGCACGCGCGAGUACCAGGUGCUCGUCGCGCUCGACGACUCGCGGUCCAUGGCGGAGUCGCACUCCGUGCACCUCGCGCUGCAGACGCUGGCGCUCGUCGCGAAGGCGCUCGGCACGCUCGAGGUUGGAGACGUCGCGCUCGCACGCUUCGGCGAAGGGGUCGACGUUCUACACCCCUUCGACGCGGGGCCGUUCAGCGACCAGGCGGGGGCCCGCGUCAUGCGCGCGUUCCGCUUCGACCAGAAGGCGACGCAGGUCCUCUCGCUCCUCGAGACGAGCCUUACGUUGCUCGAGCAGGCACGCGAGCGGCGGGCCACGAGCUCGUCCUCCGCGGCGGACCUGUGGCAGCUCGAGAUCAUCAUCUCCGACGGCAUAUGCCAGGACCACGAGCGGCUGCGGACCGUGCUCCGGCGCGCGGAGGAGCAGCGGGUGAUGGUCGUGUUCAUCGUGCUCGACUCGCUGCAUGCGAAGGGCGCGGCAGCUGGCGGCGCGGGUGGUGUGGGCGAGAACUCGAUCCUAUCGAUGAACCAGGUGGCGUACAAGAUGGUGGACGGGCGGAUGGACCUGCAGGUCGAGCGGUACCUCGACACGUUCCCGUUCGAGUACUACGUGGUGUUGCGGAACGUGGAGGCGCUGCCGGACGUGCUCGCGGGCACGCUGAAGCAGUUCUUCGAGCGGGUCGCGGAGGCGUAGUGGUUACGUUGAAUACAGUUUGCAAAAGUAUGUUCCGAGUAUAUGUUGUAUGUAUAAUGCAUGUUCUUGAAUCUUG